GCGUUAACUUUUGGUUCCGACCAGACAAAAAGGUCUGGGAUUAGGAGCACACGGUCAAAGCUUUGACAACAGCACCCCCCUUUGGAAAUUUUACUUAUCUGCGCAUUUUUUUUGUAUUUUUAUUUAGUGUAACCUCCAAACUUAAUGAGUUUGUUCUCAAAGCGUUUUCAUUUAAACAUUUCUACAGCCAAAUGGCGAAAAGACUACUCCGUUCACGGGAACGUUUAAGUUUAAAGUUUGGUCAGGCUUCCUUUGAGCUUCUUGGCGAUUUCCUCAUCAAUUUUAACCAAAAAAACAAAGAAAACCUCGAUAGUUUGUCAAAAUGUUGCGGAAGCUUUAAGCUAAAACCCCUUCUUGAUUGCAUUUUUCUGAUUUGUCAAGAGCUGAAACUCGAUCCAGCUGUUGGAUACCAUGCCACGGAACUGCUGCAAAGGUUUAUGGUCAAGCACCUUUCCGAUCUGCUUGUCACACCUGAAACCUCCGCUGCAGCUGCUAGUGAGCCAAGAAAUCUUGAAGAUUCUAUUUUUGACCAACUCAAGGAGAAGUUUCCUCUCAUCGUCUUCUCCUGUGUGCAGCUUGCCAACAAGAUGUCUUUGAACCAUCACAUGAUUGACACCGGCACGGCAGUUAGCUUUCUGCAUUUGCUCGGCCUCAGCGUUUCCAAAAAGACCAUCUUGGAAUCGGAGCUGAUGGUCUUUAAAGGGCUUGAAUUUAAACUCAUUUACCCUAACCCACUGACAUCUGUGGAAACACUGCUGGAAGUCCUGGGACACAAUGAUCCGUCUGUCCCUGUUAAACGCCUGUAUCAUUUGUGCCGCCACGUUCUCCAGUUCAUCACCCUCCAAAAAGCUGCCAUCUAUGACAGCUUGUUGAAAGUGACCACCCAGCGUGCCUCCCCUUCCAAGGAACAAAGAGAGAAGUUUGUUACAGUGACAGAAGACUGCAUGCUUCUUGGUGUUGGUGUCAUCGCUGUGGCUGUGUUCAUCCUUUACAUCAGAAAGUGGGAACAGGUGAUUGGUGAACUGAGCCACAUCACAGGAAUAUCAGUGAAGAGCAUCAGUGAUUUUGCUCAUGUGACUUUGGCUCACAUUGUUGGGUUUUUGUGUCCUGCAGAGUAACAUUUAUAUUUUUGGACAUUUACUUUAAACUUUUGAAUUUUGCUAAAUGGAAAGGUCGAAGAUUUUGGUGCAAAACCAUGCAGGUUGUGACUGGGUUGACUUGUUUUUCAGAAUAAAAGCUUCUGUUUAUCAAUAUGAAACAGCCACAAAAUAAAGAAUCACUUU